UCUCACAGUCGGGAAACUUCGCGGUUCUAAAUAUAAACAAUGACAAGGGUUGGAAAUAUUUGACUUACGAGACUCGUCGGCGAAUUGUUUGUGCUGGGGCUCCGCCGCACCGUCACUAGGGCCAUUCUGGACUUUUCACUCGUAACACCCACAUGAGUACGUUCGACCAAUCACAUCGCCCGAUUCAGAAAUUAACCAAUCGGCGACCAGAACCACUCAGAUGUUAGCCAGGCGUCCUCUACCGGCCAACUCACCCAACUUGCCAUUUAAACGUCAAAAGUCAAAAAAUAAUGUCGAAAAUAUUUACCCCCACGAACCAAAUCCGGCUAACAAACAUCGCCGUGGUCCGCAUGAAAAAGGGCGGAAAACGUUUCGAGAUCGCCUGCUACCGGAACAAAGUUGUGUCAUGGAGAAACCAAGUUGAAAAGGACAUUGAUGAGGUGUUGCAAUCCCACACCGUCUUCGCCAACGUUUCCAAAGGCCAAGUUGCGAAAAAAGAGGAUCUAGUCAAGGCGUUCAAUACCGAGGAUCAGACAGAAAUCUGCAAAGAAAUCCUCCUGAAGGGCGAACUGCAAGUCUCCGACAAAGAGCGGCAAAGCCAAAUCGACCAACUGUUCAAAGAUAUCGCAACGACGGUCGCCGAAAAAUGCAUAAACCCCGAACUGAAGCGCCCGUACCCCGUCACAAUCAUAGAAAAAGCCAUGAAAGAUGCACACUAUUCAGUCAAGCCCAACCAAUCGGCUAAACAGCAGGCGCUUCAGGUGAUUAAGCUGCUGAAGGAGCAAAUCCCGCUCGAACGAGCCAAGAUGCGGCUUAAGGUCAUAUCGAAGGGAAAAGUCGCCAAAAAAAUGAAGGACAAAAUCGGCAAGUUCGAGAGCGUGGAAGUGGAGAAAGAGGACCGCGAUGACGACCAACUAACGCUAAUUUUUUUGGUGGACCCUGGGCACUUCAAGGAAAUCGACACGAUGGUGCAAGCGGAAAUUAAGAACGGCUCCUACCUUGAGGUAUUAUCAUACAAAGAAAUGGCCUCAGGUCUUGAACAGUUGUAACAGUUUUGUUGAUAUUUUUUUAUUAAAACUUUGUAAACUUUCCUAUGUACAAAAUGUAAUAAAUUAUUGAGCUUGGA